GAGACUAAAGAUCAAGAGACUACUGAGUUUCAACCCUAAUCAAUUGUCUAUCUCAACCGCCUCCCAAAUAUUUCAUGCGCCGACUCUGAACUCGCCUCCUCUAUCCUCCACCGCCGGCCAUCACCAGCCGUUAUCUACCACUCACUCCGCCCGUUCGGAGAUCUAUUUACACUCCUUUUCCAAACCGAUGCAUCUUCGUAAAGGCGUUCACACCUACUAAAGGGAGACUGACAGUCUGAUGAGGAAGGGUAUAACCGACGUGGCUUUUCAGACUCGCUCCCAAAAAGAUAUGUCUCACUCUUUUUGGGCUUAAAAGGGAUUUAUGCGUAGUGAAUUUCUUAAGUAAUCCUUGGUUUGUUAGAUAUGUCUUCAAUAGCCUCUGGCAUGUAUGGUCUGUUUGUGAGGAGUUUCAGUCGCUGGAUGAGUGAAUAAUGAGUAAAAAUUUGAUCUUGGACGGAUGAUAAGGCCACUUUGACUUUUCUGGAAAAAUUGAAAUCAGAGAAUAUACUCGAACCAGAAAAGAAGAAAAGAUUGGUUCAGUGGCAGGAGUACUGCCUCUAGAACACCAGAAGCCAAUGCCUUCUGCGGGAAUGAGAAGGACUACAAGAGUCUUUGGGGCAAGGGUGUUGAGAUCAGGUAGGAAGUUGUGGACCCCAAGUGAGGGUAAGCAAUUAAAGAAGGCAGCUAUCAAUGAGGACAAGUUGAUCAAGCUUCUUAAUAAUUCAGAAGGCCACGCUCCUCCCCGGUGCAAAAGCAAUGGUUAUCAUCAAGUUGAUGGUUCUCCUAAGCAUGAAGAAACCAAUAUGGAUUUAGAUGUAACUUUAGAUAGUAGAGCACUAGAACCUGAGUUGGAGAUGCAUACAGUGAAUGUUUUGAAUGAGAAUUCAAAUGUAAAUACGAGGUGGGGAGUUGUUUAUAGACGAAAAAGAAACAGGACCGAUAGAAAAAAUAUUCUUGAAGCUUGUGAUGGUGCAAGUGAGGCCUCCAAAGACAGAAGGUUUGGUAAGUACUUCGUUAGAAAGCGGUCGAAGAAAAAAGCUAGAAUUUCUCCCCAAGAUUUAUGCACCCAUUCUAUCAUCAUUAAUUCUGCUCAUUCUUCUGGUUGUUUUAUGGGCUGCUUGUUGCAUUCCCUUUUGAGUGGUAUGCAUAGGGCAUCUGUCACUUUGGCAGAGUUUUUUGCAUUCAUAAACUCAAGUCCAAUAUGUGAUGUGUUUUCUUUGCAUGGAGUCCUUUUUCUGAAGGAAUGCACUCCUGAACUAAAGGAUGGAAUUUGUAUGAUUUCGUCUGUUAGAUGUUCUGUACCUUUGUUCACUGUCAAUUAUUCUGCAAUUCCAUUUUGCUUUACGUAUCUCCAUUGCCGAAUGUCUCUAAAAUGCGGUCUUCCCUCAUAUGCUCUUUCUCUGAGCUUGGUGGCUAUAGAUGAGGAUAUUGUAAUGCAUGAUAUCUCUGAAAGUAAUGAAUUAGGUAAUCCAGUCAUAUUGCCUAUUAAAGAUAAAGGUGAUUCUAUGAAGUUGAUAUUAACACAACCAAUGGUUCGGCUUCCAAAGUUACCUGCACGAAAUUCAAGGUUAAGGAGUGGGCGGACCCUCCAGAAAAGAAGGAGACCAUUGAGGACAAGAAGAGUGAAACGUUCUUCUGUGAAUGGACUAACCAAACCAAAUGGAACUUUAGCAUCUGAUGGUUCGAGGUUCAGACAUAAUAGUAGCUACCAGCUUUUGUCUUCUGCAAAAAAAUUCAAAGAACUAAAAAAAUCUGCGGUGUUUGAAUCUACAAAGGACAUAGAGUCAACUAGCUGUUCAGCAAAUGUAUUAGUCAUAGAGUCAGACAAGUGUUUUAGAGUGGAAGGAGCUAUAAUUGCACUAGAGCUUUUGUCCGCUUCAAAUCAGUGGACUCUUUCUGUUAGCAGUGGAGGAAUUAGGCAGUACAGCCUUACUGCUGAGAAAGUUAUGAGGCCAUGUAGCUCAAACCGUGUCACCCAUGAUAUUCUAUGGACUGUAGAUAAUAGUUGGAAGUUAGAGUUUCCAAACAGAAGAGAUUGGUGGGUUUUCAAGGAACUUUACAAGGAGUGCGCUGAACGCAAUGCACAACCUUCAAUAGUAAGCACCAUUCCUAUUCCCGGAGUAUGUGAAUUGUCAGGAUUUUGGGAGAAUGGGUCCACCACCUACUUUAGUCGACCCGAUCCGUACAUCACUGUGAAAACUGAUGAGUUGGGUCGGGCAUUGGAUAGUAGGAUGGCGAUAUAUGACUUGGAUAGUGAUGAUGAGGAGUGGCUGAACGAAUUCAAUAACAAGCUUCAUCAGUGUGUGUCUAUUGAAAAAUUUGAGUUGAUGAUUGAUUCUCUUGAGAAGUGGAGGUUUUGUAACCCGGAUGAUGUUUGUGAUGGCAAAACUGCUCUAAGUGAUUGUCUGGGUUCCGAAAGCAAAGAUAUUGCUGAGGCUGUUCAUGGGUACUGGAUUAAGAAGCGGAAACUAAAACGGGCCCCACUAGUAAAGAUAUUUCAGCUGUACCAGCCAAGGAAAACCGUAAUAACCACAAAGUCUAUUCUAAGGAAGAAAAGGUCAUUCAAACGUCAAGGAGGUCAGACUGGAAGAGGCAAGAAAAACAAUUUCUUACAAGUCUUGGCAGCUCAACGAGAUGCUGAGCAGCAGCAGAGCGCCAUUCUUAAGGUGAAAGAAGCUAAAGCUUCUGCUACUAGACAAGAGGGUUUAGCUGUUGUCAAGCGUCACAAAGCACAGCAACUCAUGGAAAAUGCUGACUUGGCCACAUAUAAAGCUAUGAUGGCACUAAGAAUAGCUGAGGCUGCUGCCAGGUUGGCUGCUGGUAAUGCCGAAUCUUCUUAAUCUGUUUUUUGACAUUCCAGAAAUGGAAAUUGCUCUCAGGAUGAUUACAUGUAUAACUGUGUAUAGAUUAUGGCCUAGAUGUACAUUUUUGUAUUAUUGUCAGCUAGAGUGUAGGUUAGAGAUAUGAACCUGUGUUUGAGCUGUCCACCAUUUGCAUCGAGCUAGAUGAAAAUAUAGAAAAUUUUACCAGUCAGUUUGAGCUUUUGGUUUGUAUUGUAUGUUGACUUUUGAGGAAGACCCACCGCUUUUUUGGAGUAAUGUACAUACAGUGCUUUGUGAUUCCAAGUAGAGUUAAAAUAUCAAAUCCAUCAGCUCGGAAUUUCGGAUAAAAUAUUAUUAUAAGCUUGACUUCAA